UAUUCGAAAUUCCUAUUUGAAUCAAACGAAUUAAUUCAAGAAUCAACAAUUCAACAUAGCAAAACACAGUACGACUUACUCUUUCUACAAUUCUACGUGUUAGAAAAGUCAAUUUCGUAUUUAUUUAUCCAAACUUCGCUUAGUUGCCGAAAGUCAAGAAAUUCAUACAACCACGUUUUCUCUCUCCUCUUCUUCAACAUUUUUUCUCAUACACUCUAUAACUUAAUUAUUGAGUAUUUGUUUUUUUUUAAAUAAUUAAUUCUUUAUCAAAUUCUGGGUUUUUCAACUGUGAUUUGCUGUACCAUUUAAAUACGUAUUUUAUCUUCAAUAAUCUCCCAAUAAUUUUCUGGUUUGUGCAAAUUUUGUUUCUCUCUCCUACAGAUCUAAGUUUUCUUGAAGGGAAGGAUUUGCAAAGUUGAUUUGAUAGGAGUUUAACAUAGCAAGUCUAGUAAUGACUUGCUUCCUCUUCAUUUGUGGAAAUGGAGCCCGGUCCGUUGAUGAACCAACUGUAGACAUUGUUGGAGUUUCAGGUGUAGAAAAUAUAAAGUUCUAUACUUACAAGGAAUUACAACAUGCAACGGGAAACUUCAGCCAAGUAAAUAAGAUUGGGGAGGGUGGUUUUGGGCUUGUCUACAAGGGAAGGCUCAAAGAUGGAACUUUGAUUGCCGUUAAGGUGCUUUCACCAGAAUCAAGGCAAGGCUUGCGUGAAUUCGUGACAGAAUUGACUGUCCUUGCAACUAUAGAGCAUGAAAAUUUGGUUGGGAUUUUAGGUUGUUGUACAGAAGGAAAUAAUAGAAUUUUGGUCUCUAGAUAUCUUGAGAAUAACAGCCUUUCUCAGAGUUUACUCGGUCAGAACCCUGGCGGAAUUGAUUUCAAUUGGAGAAUAAGGAGAAAUAUAUGUAUUGGGAUUGCAAGGGGGCUUGCAUUUCUUCAUGAAGAAGUCCAUCCUCGUAUCGUGCAUAGGGAUAUCAAAGCAAGCAAUAUUCUCCUUGAGAAAGAUUUGUCAGCCAAAAUUACAGAUUUUGGUUUGGCAAAACUUAUACCUGCUAACAUGACGCAUGUUAGCACAAGGGUUGCAGGGACACUAGGCUAUUUGGCGCCUGAAUAUGCUCUUAGAGGCCAGUUGACAAGAAAAGCUGACAUUUAUAGUUUUGGCGUUCUCCUUUUGGAAAUUGUCUGUGGUAGAUGCAAUAGAAAUAGACGGCUUCCUCCUGGAGACCAACAUCUUCUUCAAAGGGCAUGGAGAAUGUUUGAAAAAGAGACACUUGUGGAGUUGAUAGACGAAGCAUUUAGGGGAGAUCUUGAUAUUGAAGAGGCCAGCAGAUUCUUGAAGAUUGCUCUGCUCUGCACCCAGGGAGUACCAAAACUGCGACCAAUGAUGUCUACUGUGGUUAGGAUGCUUCAGGGAAAAGUAGAAAUUGAUGAAAUGAGCAUAACAAAACCAGGGCUACUUUCAGAAUUUGAUUUAAAAGCAAAAGAAAGCCCAGCAGAGCCUUCUUCAUUGUUCUCCCCGAGCUCAGGUUCCUCAUCCUUACCGUCAGAGCAGACAAAUCCCACUUGUGCUACUAUAACAUUCACAUCAAUAAGCACCCGGAGCAAUUGAUAAAUCAAUAACAGGUAGAUUUUGUUGUUCUCUAUCUGUACCCUGCUCCCCCCUCCCAAUAAUCUUUUUUUCUUUCUUUUUGUAGAUUUAGCAUAUAUGCAGUUAAAACUCUUUUAGAGAGCCUGAAUGUAAAAAGUAAUACUGGGUGAAAACAUACCCACUUCUUACUUAUUAAUUGAAAAUAUAUAAUGAGUUUAUGAGGAUUUA